CCCACCCUGAUACCCCUGGGCAGGCACCCCCAACACCCAGAUACCUACCCGGACAGGGCCCAGCCCCUCAACACCCCGAUACCUCAGGCAGGGUGCAGCCCCCCACCCCGAUACCCCUGGGCAGGGCCCCCCAACACCCCGAUACCUCCCAAGGCAGAGCCCCCUCACACUCUAACCCCCAAACUGGGGCAGGCCGUACACAGCAUGAUCCUACAACCCCUGCCUUGUCAGUGAUGUGGGGCUGGGGACCCUUGUCAGGCUGGUUUCCUGGGGAGCACCCAGGCUUGUUCCCCACCCUUGGGAGCUCCCCGUUGCAGGCCAGGGCACUGGCUCUGUGUCUGGUGCAGCCCUGGGACUGGGCCAGGGGUUGGGUUUCCCGGCAGUCUGGGCAGUACCCCCCCUUCUGGUGCCAUCUCUGGCUGCUCUUCGCUCGCUGGGCUCCUCCUUCCCUGGGUCGCUGGCACUGUCCUGUCCCAGCCCCUGCCCUGCUCAAGCCCUGCCUGGCUCUCCGCUCCUCGGGGGGUUCCUGCCGCCACCACCACACUUCCUUCAAACCUCCCCUCAGGCUCCAAUUGCCCAGCUCCCAGUGCCAAUGCCACUGUCCACCAUACAGCCGCCAACCGGCCUCCCCAUCCAACCACCCAUCUCCCACCUGGCACUCCCAUCCCAACGCCAACAGCCCAAUUCCAGCCAUCUCACCCAACCCUCAAUUCCAGCUGCUGCUUUCAGAGGCCCCUCCUCCCAUUCUGACUCCCCGGGGCCAGCAGCCAUUCCCAGAGAAGAUGAAUGUUGUGGUGGUGAAGGCACUGACAUCACAGGACCAGAAAUGUCAGGCUGGAAGGGACCUCCAGGAGAAACCUAGUCCACCCCCCUGCGCUGAGGCAGGAGCAAGUAAACCUGGACCAUCACUGACAGAUCACACCCAUGACUUCUUGUCCUACCUUCCGUGGACAUGGAGAGCAAUUGAUCAACGACCUCUUUAUAACGGCUCUCAAGACUUUGAAGACUUUUAUCUAGUCCGCCCCCCCCACCCCCCGUCUUCUUUUCUCAAGACGACACAUCCAGUUUUUUUUAACCUUUCCUCCCAGGUGAGGUUUUCUAAAUCUUGUCUCAUUUUGGUUGCUCUUCUCUGGACUCUCUCCAAUUUGGCCACACGUUUCGUAAAGAGUGGCCCACAGAACUGGACACUGUACUCCAGCUGAGGCCUCCCCAGUGCCGAGUGGAGCAGGACAGUUACCUGCAAUGUUUUACAUACAACACUCCUGUUAACACCCCUGGGAAUAUCAGUCUUUUUGGUCCAUGCAUUUCAAUAGGAGCUUUGCCCAAAUGAAGCAUUUAGGAAACAGUGAGAAUGGGCUUUGGAAGUCGGCUCAUUAUCAGGGAGCCCAGAAAUCUGUUUGACACAGAAAAAUGCGGAAUUUGUGUUUUCACAGAGAAUCUUUUGUUUUUACAUUUUGUGAACAAAUAAAAACAUACAGUGGAAAACCGUUGAUCGGCUCUGUUUGGGACCAGGGCCAGGUCAGAUCACCAAAAAUUGGGAUAAUCGGGAAUUGGCAAAGAGCUUUCUAGCCCUUGUUUUAAGAUGGAGGGCCCAGACGUGGGUGGUUAGCCCCGGGCAGCCAGGUCUGACCACUGGAGCCCCAGUCACCCGGAGCCGAGCACCUGAGCCCAGCCACUGUCAGCCCCAGGUGGCUGGUGGUUCGGUUAAUACGAAGAGCUGGAUAAUGGAGGCUCAGAUAAACAGGGUCCUGCUGUCCAGAAUACGGGCAUAGAAGUAUUUGGUAUAAGUAAGAAAUACA